AUGCGCCUUACUGCACACGCGUUGACAAAAGCGGCUGACCCUCUGACCACCUGGCUAGCAUCUCUCAAGGCUACUCAGCUCAAGACCGUCGCACGCGCGACCGGUAUCAGGAACCCAGGGCGAAAAGACGUACUAAGCGCGAGGCUCCGAACGGAGCUUAUGCGGAGUGUGUUCUUGCCUAAUAUUCCUCCUACUCAUAUUCAUGACAAACAUGACGAUAAUAAAACUAACUCGCUUCUUCACCCGGGCAACGAUAGUCGGGUGAAUCUAGAGCAGAAUGAUGGAGACUCAUUGAGUAUUCUGAGCAUUGAUAUGGGGAUUCAAAACCUCGCGUUUGCGCAUUUACUUGUCAGGCCGGCCAAGGCUGAAACUGACACUGGUGAUUAUUACGAAGGGCACACAACAACGCUUAACGCAUGGCAUCGAAUUGGCGUGCAGGAGCUGUCAGCAAUAACCCCACUUCAUUCUGCUACUACUAUUGCUGCUAUACCCACCGGUCAGACACAGAACGACGAUAGCAUAGGCGAACAUAGUAGCAAGCGGGAAAGAAGCUUUGACCCUGACAUCCUUGCUGGAAACGCGUACACCCUGCUUUCCUCACUGAUUUCAGCAUACAACCCAACACACAUUCUAAUCGAAAGGCAGCGGUUUCGGUCAGGCGGACGGAGUGCGGUGCUGGAAUGGACGCUGCGCGUGGGGGUCUUUGAGGGGAUGCUGCAUGCUGUACUACAUACUAUGCAGCAGCUCGGACGUUGCCCGGCCACGGUGUAUGGUGUUAGUCCAGCCCGUGUUUCGCAGUAUUGGGGUGGUGCAAAGGAAGGGGGAGACGACAGCAAGGAUGGUCAGAAGAGUAUAAAGAGAAUGAAGAUUGAUUUGGUUGGUGAAUGGCUUGAUCAAGGCUCUUCUUCUUCCUUUCCUUCCAAGUCGCGGCCGAGAAUCAGUAUUCCGUCUGCGAAACCAUCAGAUGUGCAGACUGUGGUUGCCGCUUAUCUUGAGCGAUGGUCAGGACAGAGGUCUAAAGCAGCGUGGAGGAUUGAGAAGUUGGAUGACUUGGCAGACUGUUUAUUGCAAGGGUUAACGUGGCUAGAGUGGCAAGACAGACGAGCGCAAUUCGCUAAAGAUGGUGUUGAAGCUUUGAGGAGGGUGGAAAUGUCUCUUGCGAGUGAUAAGAAUAAGCAUUGA